CUGCCAUUCAGCGCGCGAUCCAAUGCGCGGAAUGAAUAAUGUUUUGGGUUUCCGACAUUCCUUGGUUCUAUUUUGUCAGGGUUCGAUGGAUUCUAACGGAUUUAAAUGAAAUUGUUGAUAACCGAUAUCCAGGAGAAUUCCUUAUUCCAAAAGUCAUCUGUUGUGCUUUAUGAUACUGUUGCAAAUGAGCAGUCAAACUAGACUGGUAACUAACCAUGGCUCCUUAAAGUUGCAGCCGUUUAUUGUUAGUGAGGCAGUCAAUUUAACACAAGAUUGUGGUUUGAUCAAAACGGGCGAUGAAUCUGAUUUUUACUUAUCACCAUUGCCUACGCCAUUGAGUGAUGAAACCCCAACCAAUAAUAACUCUAUUCCAGGAAUGCAAGAAGUUUUUGAAAAGUUGGCAUCACGUCCUCACCCGUCUCCAAUUUUGGCUGCCACACUUACGAAAUUCGGAAGUCAUAUUGACGUUUGUCAAGACCCAGUUGCCAACAAGUGCUUAUUGAACUCAAACACAUUACAUAGUCAUAACGGUUCUGAUUUCUCAAAAAGGUCACAAGUUUACUUAAAAUCACAAGUUGAAAUUUCCUCUUCAUUUAUUGAUUUAAAAGAUUUUCCAUCUAGUCCUCUAUCCGGUGCAUUUGCUGAUUUCCAGUCAUUGAGAUAUGUCCCUCUAAGUUUAGAUUGUUCAUCUUCAGCAAGUAUUUCACUAUCAACUGCAAAUUCAGUGCUUGACCAGUGUGUUGAUGAGAGUGACUGUUUACCUGUUUACAGUAACUGCCCACCUAAUCUUGAAGAGGAAGAAAGUGAUUUGGUUCCUAGCGAACUUGUUCAAUUUGUUAGUGAAUCUACACGUCAAAUACCGAGUGAUUUGGUGGACGUUGUUUCUGCUGGUGAUUCUGAUAUUGAGGAUAUAGAUCAUGAAGCUCGAUUGGCAUCCCUAUGUAUACCUAUCCUUCGCUCACCAUCAUUAGGACAUUCUCACUUACUAGACAAUGCCCAGCCACCUACAUUAUCACCUGAAUCAUCAGGUUGUCCACAUUCACCUUUCGAUCACAUAGAUAUUUCAUCAGAUCCGAGUUAUGAAAAGUCCUAUUUCAGUCAAACUCCUGAUUGUAUAGCUGAUAAUACAAAUAAACAUCACAUUCUUUCUCCGGAAUUACUAUCUUUACAACAAGGUACAUCGGAUGAACUUAUGUCUUGUAAUGACAAUGAUCUUUCAAACAACAUAGAUCCUUUGAUGUCAACACCACAUGUUAAUACUUCCAAUUUUAUUUCUAGUAACAAUCCCUAUACAUGUAAUUCUGAUCAUCAGGAUUUAAUGGCGAAUUGUUCAAGUUGUGUUAUGCAUUAUUCUACCUCUGAAUUAUCUGAACACGAAAUAUUACCAACGAACGUGUGCGACAAAUACAAAACUUCAUUAUCAACGUCAUCUGCAGAAACAUCGUUAGUAUCGAACAAUCUUUGUGUUAAUCAAGUUGAAACUUUCACACAACAGUCAAUUCAAAAUCAAUUCAUAGUCAAAGAUGUACUGAAUCGUCCUAACGCAAGCGUAAAUAAUUUAAGUGAUUUUCAAUGCAUCAUUACUAACACGAGAUCUGUGCCCAAUAUUCCUUCUUCAACGUGUGUAGAUGAAAAACAUAAUGGGGCAUUAAAAGUCCCAUCAGUUGUUAAUGUAAUAUGUACUCCGAAUGAUGUAAGGAAGCAACCCAUGUUUUCUUCAAAAUCAGAUCUUUGUGAACGUGUUGAUUCCACUGUUGAAGGGAACUACCAUCAGGAUAAAUCAUCUUUUCCAGAGCAGAUUAUAAACGUAGAUCCACAGUCAACAAUUUGUGAAUUACCUUUCAUUCCAAAUCUUCGAUUCACCACUUUGAUUGGAUCUAGUUCUCAAAAUGCAUCACUAGCGACUAUAUCUCAGAGCUCUUCUUCUCUUUCCUCCUUCGAUCAAGUUUUUUCAUCCAAUAUUAUUCGGGAAUCAAUUUGUGAGUCGAAUAAAUGUGAAAAUGGUUAUGUUGAUGGUUUCACAUCGAUUAGUUCCAAAGAAGGAGGCUCAGUUACUCAUACUCCUUUAAUAAUACCGACUCCAAGUUUUCAUAUGGCACCUCAUCCUGUUAGCACACAAUCUACAUUUGUUGUUUCUCAUCCUGUUACUCCUGGUGUUAUGUCUCCUGCAGAGCUGCAGUCAUCUGCUCCUAUUGUUCUAUCUCUUAAAGGUAGAGCAUGUGUUGAAGCACCCCAGUCACAGCUUGCAAGUUUAUCUACCAGUUCUGGUUGUGUUCUUCUACCAUUACAAAUCAUAAAUUCUCUACCAACUGUAAGUCCUGGUAUGUCCAUACUUCUAAAUGUUAAAAACAAUAAUGUUGUACGACAAAAUUCCACGCCAUGUCUUCCAAAUUUUACUUCAGUUAAUAAUGCUGUUGCUUCAGAAAGUAAUGGAUCAGUUUUUCUUCUCCCAACUCCUGGGAUUGUUACAAAUCUUAAUGGAAAUGUUUCUAAUAUUCCAGUUGUACAACUCCCGACACAACAACGUGUUAAUUUGAUUCCAUCUACCCUAUCCACUUCUGUGCUAUCUAAUUCACACUUAUCAACUUUUCAGAGUUCAGCUACAUUACCAAAUAAUUUUAGUACUAUCCCAGGUGAUAUCAAAUAUUCAACCGCUGCGCAGUUACCUUUGGGAACACAAUUAUUUAUUCUUCGUCCAACUUCUAAACCAAAUAUUAUUAAUCCUACAUAUUUUAAUACUUCCUUACCUGUCAGUACAAUAAAUGGAACGUUUAAUUCUUUAUCUAUUUCAUCUACUACUAAUGCUGGUUUAACCGUGGUGUUUGCUAAUCCUAAUCAUAAGAAUUUUUCUGAUUCAGGGAAUUUAGUUUUUCUUCCAACAGUUUCUAGUAAAUCAAAUAUUUUUCCAUUAUGUGCUACAGAUCCAUUGACAUCGAUUUUUUCAACAACAUCAUCUGCAUUUAUAACAACAACAACGACAACAUUGUCAUCAUCAUCGUCACCAUCGUCAUUAUCAUCCACCUCAUCCUCAUCAUCACCAUGGACACAUAUAUCAACAUUAACCAGUCAUGAUAUUAACACUUUAGUUAGUAAUUCCACAACAUUAAAUUCGUCUUCAGUUACUACAGCAAAUACAUCCAAUAUGAAUUUUAGAACUUCAGUAGAUACCUUAAAUGAUACAUCAUUAUCCUUUCCAUUGACUUUAUUACCUAAUACACCUCAACAAACAGUGGUUUUAUCAUCUCAAUCUCUGGCUUCACUUACUUCUUCUAAUGAUAAUAAUAGUAAUAAUUUAUUUAUAUCAUCGCAAAACUUCAAUACCCAUGCAUUUAUUUCCCCUUCAGCGACUACAUUAUCGGCGUCAUCAUCAUCUAUGUCUUCCUCCUCAUGUGUAUCUUUUGAUAAUAAUUCUUUACCUUCUCCUUCUAUUUCAUGUUUAAAUGGUAGUUUGGAAACAUCCAAAUCUAAUCAGUCUGUAACUUCUAGUUCAGUAUUCGGUAGUUCUCUACUUCCUUCAGUCUCUUCAUUAUCCUCUGUUAUUUCUAACGGUAGUAAUAAAGAUAGUACAAAUAGUAAAACUGGUACGUUAAGUACUUCGAGUAAUCAACACAACGAUGUUAAAACAAGUGUCAUUGUGUUGCCUUCUGCAGAUAAGUUACUUUCUUCACGUAAUUUUUCACAACCAUCCAACUUAGCAGCUCAACAGAGUAGUAAAUAUCAAGAUGUAAAAUGUCGGCGUCUGUCUUAUUCCUGUCCUAGUACACCUUCCAUUCCAUCCACUACUGUUACUGUGUCUACCACCUCGUCUGCAUCAUUACAAACUGUCGUGACAUCAUCUACGAAUAUGGUUACGUGCUGUUCAAGACGUAGACAUCAAUGUCCUUAUUGUCCGAAAUCUUGUGAGAGAAAGGAUAACCUUCAAGCUCAUAUCCGUACUCAUACUGGAGAACGACCGUAUCCAUGUCGUUAUUGUCCCAAAGCAUUUCCUCAGAAAGAUCACUUACGAGCUCAUAUUCGCACGCAUACAGGUGAAAAACCCUACAGAUGUCCACAAUGUCUUAAAGCAUUUGCUCAACUGGGUAAUCUUCAUCGACAUGUCAAAACUCACCGUCGAUAAAUUCAAUACAUAAGGUAGGUUUACAUCAUGUACUGUUUUUGGUUCACUAAAUGUUAUAAUAUCAGUUUCUUUCUUUUAAUAUCUGUUACAGUUGCAUAAAGUACUAGAAAAAUAUGAUUAAGUUAGACAAAGAGCUUGUCAUUAAUUUUUCGGUUUUACAGCUGUGAACAUGAGAACCGAGUUAUUCUACAAUUUGGGCUGGUUAUGUAUGAAUGUAAAUGAUCAAAACAUUCGCUGAAUUCCCGUAUCAUUUCUUUUCAUUUUCUUUAUUCGUCGGACCGGGUUUCCUGGAGUUCAACUUCAUUCUGACUGAAAUUAUAUUUCUGCACCUUAUUCUGUUCUACUGUACAAAAUAAAUGGUUCAGUCAAUCAAUGAGUUCGUAGGAGUUCAUACAGAUUAAUGAUGCAUUUAUUACUUUAUCUUACCUGAUUUGUUUUUCUAAACUCUGAUUUCAAAAUACUUAAUAAUUUAACUUAUUAUUUAUUUCUUUAUUCCAAUUGUUUUUUAAUUGUAGUUUUAUUCAGCUAACUAUUAUUAUUAUCAUUGUUGCUUUCUUAUGAAUUUUAUGAAUUUUUUUUGAGUGGUUUUCAUUUUGUUUAUUUUUUCAAGAAGAGGAAAAUGAAGCGAGACUGUUGCAAUUGAAUGUUUGAUCUUGUCCUGGUUUUUGAGUCUAUUCUAAUCAAAGAGAAUUGCGAAUGUAUGUGUCUGAGGGAGGAGAAUGUUUCUAACAAACCUUUCAGAUCUGCUUUCAAUAUAUAUAUAUAUUAUUCAACAUGCUCAAGAACUUAAUUUCUCGUUGAAGCUAGUUGAUAUAUUUGCUGCCGAUCAUGGAAGUUAUUGUACCAAUAGUCCUUUAUUUCUCCCUUCAGCCCAUCCGUUCUGUUUAUGAGAAGCAAAAGAUUAUGUACUUUUUCGGUUUUAUUUUAAAACUUAUCCUUCCAUAGAAUGCAUAGUUAUUAUUUAUGUCUUAAUUUGAUUCCCUUUUCUCAUAUCCUCUAUCUGUGCUUGCGUGUAUUUGUGUACUUAUGCGUUUACUGUUAACUAAUAUUUAUGAGUGUUUAUGGAUGGGCUGUGAUGCGUGUUCUGUCAAUAUGUAUUGUUCAUUUAACUAAACUUUAGUUUAUUUCGAAUAUGUUGAUUUUCAACUCCUAUCCUAACCCUUCUCAUCCUCAAACUGCCAGACUAUCACCUAUUUAUUCAUUCUAUGAUAAUACACCCUAUUGUAUACAUUCUUCCUUACCAAGCUUUUACCUCAGUUUUUAUUUAUUCUUAAUGCAUGUUUACAAGUACUGCAACAAAAUUUCUUUGUAUUUAUUUAUGAAUACACAUACAAACACGCAUAUGUGUUAUGACUCAAUAUUACAGUGCAAUUUCUAUCUUAUUUACUGUGUUACACAUAUAUAAAUGUAUGAUCUCAUGAUUUCUAUUUCUUCCUCUCUCUUUUAUUUGCUUUUUCUUACAAUUGGUUUAUUGUCAUUUUAUUUAUUGGUGAUAAUAAUGUUAUUUUUUUGUAUCAUUUCUUUUCCUAUUUGACCGUUCUCUAUCCUUACUUUUGUAAUAGCACGAUACAAUCAAUCAACAUAAAUAACAAUACAGUUAAUCAUGAUUAGUGUCAAGUCGUUAGAUAUUUUAUUUUUGAGAAAUAUAAUUUUCAAGUAUAUGUGUGUUUUGUAUAUUAUUAUUUAUGAUCAAUGCUUAUGAUUUCCUCGUAACAUUUGAAUUCCACUUCUUACCCGCCUAUUAGACUAAAUGUAAUAUAAUAUAUAUGCAUGUUAAUUUGAUGUGUCACCAAAAAGGUUGUUACUGUUAAUUACUUUUCAUAUCAUUUGUUUAUUUAUACUUAAUCAAGUAUACUACAUUUAUACACAUGUGUAUUACUAUUAUUAUUUUUCUAGCAUAUGUCGUCUAAGUGAUUUCUAACUGCGAAGUAUGGCAGCCUUUCGAACAUAUAUAUAUAUAUAUAUAUA